UGGCGGCCGCAGCGGCCCUCGGGGAAGACAGAUGGGGUGAGAGACAGCGCCCGGUCCGGCUGUCAGCGCGGCCCCAGCCCCGCCGCGGAGGGAGCCCCUCCUCCGUGCCGUGUGCGCCGCGCUCCCGCCGGGAACCAUGGCGUCCAGCGAGGAGGACGGAGGCGGCAACGGCGCGGUGGAGGAGAAGGAGAAUGGCAGGAAGAAGAAGCUGGGCGCCCUGGCCACGACCUGGCUAAUUUUCUACAACGUCGCCAUGACCGCGGGGUGGCUGGUAUUAGGUAUUGCCAUGGUGCGGUUUUAUAUACAGAAAGGAACACAUAGAGGCUUAUUCAGAAGCGUUCAAAAGACGCUUAAAUUUUUCCAGACAUUUGCUUUGCUUGAGGUAAUCCACUGUGCAAUUGGAAUAGUUCGCACAUCUGUGCUUGUGACUGGGGUCCAAGUGAGUUCAAGAAUCUUCAUGGUGUGGUUCAUUGCACAUAGUAUAAAACAGAUCCAGAAUGAGGAGAGCGUUAUUCUUUUUCUGGUCGUAUGGACUGUGACAGAGAUUACUCGAUAUUCCUUCUACACAUUCAACCUGCUCAACCAUUUGCCAUACUUCAUUAAAUGGGCCAGAUACAACUUUUUUAUCAUUUUGUAUCCUGCUGGAGUUGCAGGUGAACUGCUAACCAUAUAUGCUGCUUUACCCUAUGUGAAGAAAACAGGAAUGUUUUCACUGAGACUUCCCAACAAAUACAAUGUCUCCUUUGACUACUAUUACUUCCUUAUUAUUGUCAUGUGCUCCUAUGUGCCAUUAUUUCCACAACUCUACUUCCACAUGCUGCGUCAGAGAAGAAGGGUGCUUCAUGGAGAAGUGAUCGUGGAAAAGGACGAUUGAAUCAAGCUGUGUAACCAUGGUGCUUUUAGUGGAAAGGAAAAGAAGAGAGGGUAAAAACCCAAGACUUCCUCUGAUUUUUCUGAGUCCAAAUUUUAAAACAUGGAACAAGAAUAAACAACUGUGCCUAAAAUGUCAUGGACUGUAUUAUUUUUGCAAUUAAUAUAUUUUCAGACCUACCUUUUCAUCCUUAGAUUCACUUUGGUUUUUUAAUUGUUCAUGUCUUCAAAGAAAUAUUUUCUUAUUUUCAAUAGGAUGAUGAGUAGCUUUAAGAAUUAGAAUAGUUGGCUACUGUGCCUUGUGUUCUGAAAGUUCUGUUAUGACCUGUAGUCAUUAUCAAGAACAGAAGGUGAGUUGAUAAGUUGUACUGAAAGCGAGUCUUCUGGAAAUCAGAAUGUAAAUUAGGUAAUGAUGUUUUUCAUAGACUAGGUGAAUUGAAUGGUGUUUAAACUUUAUAUUAAGUAAUAUAUUUCCAAUUAUGAGUACUGCAGCAGGUUGUUCAAUAUUUUUUGAAUUACAGUAUCACACUGCAGAAUUUCAGGACUUGUGAAAGGAGUUGAAUUCUUGAUUGUCAGUGCAAAUUUAGACCUCCCUGUAUUUUCAUUUGUAAUGUUAAAGAUAUUUAGAAUAAUAGAUAAAAUAUUAACUGGUUAAAAGUUUGUGCUGAGGAGUAGACAGGAUGUGUCUACCUUUCUCUAAUCAGUGGCUGGAAUGAGACUCCUUUGCAGAGCAAAGCUGAUUGUCAGCAUGUUUCCUAUACUACGUUUCAAUUAUGUAUACAGAAGAAUCAGUAUUGCAUUGAAAAACUGUAGCUAUGGUUAGAUAUUUGACUUCUUUAAAAUAGCUCAGUGGGAUAAAAUAUAUUUAAAAUAGCAACUUAAAAUAUAAAUUGUGGUUUGAUUCAUCCCAUUGGGCAAUCUUAACUGCACCCUCCCCAUUAAUUGUUUAAACUGUGUUGACCUAAUUCUAUUUUAUGUCUUCAAUAAUCUGCAAGAAGGAUCUACAGUAUAUUGAUAGAAGUUACAGAUGAUAUUACACUAUAUGAUACCUGAGUGGGAGAGGUCCAACAAAUAAGAUUUUGAACUAACAGCCCAGCAGAUUCAGAGAAAAGGUGAUGCAUUUGAGGAAACUUGGAUACUUAGUGAGAGAGAGAAGAUGGAAAUGUAGUAAUGUGGUACGAAGCUGUGAAAAUGUAGGCAACAAGCCUGUCUUGCUUCUGGCUUCACUGAUGUCAAAAGAAGUGUAUAUCUAUGUGGAAGAACUGCACCAGGCAGCUGUAAAUCAGAAUACUCGUGAUUGCUGAGGUAAUUUCUGGAGUACAGUCUUAUGUUUUGGCUUCCUCGGGGAUGAAGAAUUGUAUAAUCUUGUGAAAGCUCAGAAAACAAUAACAAAACUAGUUGAAGUGAGAAAGAAGUCAGAACGAUUAAGUCAUUAAUAUGUGUAAUUCUUUGUUAUAUGAUAAAUACAUGGAAGAGCUUUUCUAAGUAUGGAGGUGUAGCUAUGAUGAAUUUGAAACAAGGUAAAUAGCCAAUGAAUAUCAGAAGAAAGGUCCUACCAAUAAGAUCAGUCAGGUUACAGAAUGACAUAGUAGUGCUUAUCAAUGCAUACAGAGUCUUGGAAGGUUUUCAGGUAGAGUUGGCAAGAAAUUGAACCACAUAUUUGAAUAGGCAGUUUCUGUUUUUAGCUUCAAUUAUUCUAUGAUAAUGCAGCUUUUCUGAAAUUUGUAGAUAUGCCAGAAAAAGGACUACCAGGUAAUUUUAUAAAAAAGCAAGGACUCACUAUAUCCUUAACUUUCCAAUUCUGUAUUGUGCCUUUAAUUUGUGAUAUUUAUGCAUGUCUUCAUUACACAUAAAUGAGUUUCCUUUUAUAUGACAGGUGCAUAGUAGACUUGAGGCAGAACAGUUGUUUCUCUUUAAAUUUUAAAAGAUAUAAUCUUUGUAUUCCUUAAAUUACACACAAGGUGCUCUAGUUUAACUUACUACUUCUGUUUAACAUGCAGCUAAAAUUAUUGAAAGUUUAUAUUUUAAACUACACUUACAACACUGAAUCGCAAACCAGUUGUGUUACAUGUGUUCAGACUAGCAGUUAUAUGUGUUCAGCAUUCUUUCAGUACUGUUUUAUAAACUAUGAGGAACAUAUUGGCUGUUUUGGGAAAUAUAUCUCCAUUAGCAAUCAGAAUAGUGUGAUGAAAUAUGAGAAACUAAGAUUAGAUUAAGUUCUGUGUCUCUUUUUUAACUGUCAGGGCAGCUCACUGAAGACCAUAGCUAUCAAUUAAUUGAAAAUGCAUUGGAUACUUAAGGAUGUGAUUUUGAAAUCCUUGAUCAGAUGAGAGUAUCCUGUAGAUAGUAUUCCUUCUAAAAGGAAUACUUGCACUAUAAAAAUGUAUUAUAUUUGUUUUCAUUGUGGCCUAAAGAUAUUAUCAUAUGUUAAUCAAGGACCUAUUUUUAUAACAUUUUGUACAUUUGGAAUGAGAACAAUACAACACUGUUUGCUACAAUCUUGGGUUGCACUUCCAUAAAGCAACAAUGUACAAGGUAAUGAUACAAUUUAAAAAUGGAUUUACAGCUACAGAACAGUCUUGCUAAAUAAUGAUUUAAUAAAAAUAAAGCUAAAAAUUACUUACAGUAUCGCAUUCAAUGUUUCAUAGACCAGAGAGAUGGCCGUGUAGAUUAGUUUACAUGGCAUUUACCUAAAAAAAGUAAGCAACAUGUUCUUUUCCUCCUGUUUUUUGAAACCUUUCACUGAAGCGUCCUUUUCACAGAAUCAGUAAGGUUGGAAAAGACCUCCAGGGUCACCAAGUCCAACCUUUGACUGAAUAUCAUCACAUCAACUAGACUAUAGCACUAUAGCACUAUAGCUUCUUGAAUGCUUCCAGUGAUGGUGACUCCACCACCUCACUGGGGAGCCAGUUCCAGUGCCUGACCAGCCUUUCCGUGGAGAAAUUCUUCCUGAUGUCCAGCCUGAACCUCCCCUGGCACAGCUUGAGGCCUUUUCCUCUUGUCUGAUUACUGGUUGCUACUCUGUUAAUGUAUCUUCUGAAACAUAGUGAGAAUUGCAGGUAAAAUCUUCUUGCUAUUGACUUCAGAUCUUGAAACAUUUAAUUAACCUGUUAAAUGGACAUUAAAACUUAAGUAUGAUUUUCAUAGGGUGCUCUCUUUCCAACUUCUUUUUUACAUCUGUCUUUUUUGUCUUCCUCUCUGCAAUAUCCCUAGUUUUCUAAAGCAUUUAAAGCCUCCUGCUUACGUAAAAUUUGGAAUGUAUUAAAACAUCAGCAUCUCUAAUGUUUGCAUGUAGUCUUUAACAAAUUUAACUUUUACAAAGGUAUUUUCUUACUUGUUUUAUAUAGGCCUUCUGAAAUGAAUUAAUAUAGAGCAUGGCCUUAUGAAAGCUUUUGAAUAGCAGCACAUAGAAAUAGGGAGAUUGCUUUCAAUCAGGUGACAUUUCCUACUAGUGCUAGAAACAGAAGCCAUCUUUUGUAUGAACUCUACCUGCAAGCAGCUGGAUUUCUUGAGGUUCUCCCCAGCACUCACAUACUGUGAAACACUGUUUUGGGACAGAUUGAGUUGUUCCACAGCUCAGCCCAGAAUGUUUGGAGGUCAGAUCCCAGCUUCAGGGCAUGAGCAGCAGAAAGGAAUAUGGUGCUGGGAUAUUGCAUCUUCUGCAUUAUCUGCCGAGGGGUCACUGAGGCCAUGGUGAGCAGUAGCUGACAGAUGUAAUUUCUCCCACCCUGCAGGAUGUGAGACGAGAGGAGGCUCAGUCUGCUGAGGGAGCUCAGGAGAUCAGCUGUGGGGAUCUCUGUGCACAAGGGGUGUGUUACAGACAGGGCUUUCCCUCUCAGGCACCCUUUGCUGUCUCCUAGCCUGCAUGUCUGGGGAUACACGGGCCUGCCAGGGUGGGCAGGGCACACCAACCUCAGCAGCGCAGUCCAGCAUAAACUGCCAUGGAGAAAUGGUGCUGCUGAUUCCCACUGAACACAGCAUUUAGCCAGGUUCACGUUCAUGGAUAGAUUGCAAGGCUAGUUAACAGGAGGUGCAUGGAGACCUUUUCUGUGACCAGAUUUAAAUAUGUACCUUUUAAAUCUAGGUCUAGCUACUGCUCUGACUGUGGUACUUGCUUCAGUGAAUAUUUGGAUAUGUGUAUGGUUACUAAAUAAACUAGAAUGAAACCAGUUCAGAAUUGUUAUAAUAAUGUAUAGUUUUAAAUUAGUUUAAAUUACAUUCACAGUUUUUGAAUUGAGCUCUUGCCUAAUCUGCGAUAGAAAGAAAAAAAGAAAAGGAAAGUUAAUACAAAUAUAUGUUCUGCACUAGGCAGUAGGGCUUCAUAAAUCAAAAUUUUCAGGCAGGCAAAAUAGCUGCAGUUCAUAAAGGAUUUUUAAGUGGGUUUUUCUGAACAAAAAAGGUGAAAGCUUUUCUGAAAAUCAAAGUUUAUUUAAUAAUGUAUAUUUUAAAACAUGCUGAGACUUACUGUAUUAUUUAUCACCAGUUUACAAUUUAAAUUCAUGCUGAACCUACAGUUUUUAUAGAUGAUUAACUGUAGCCCAUUAAAACGUUUCAUUCUGUGCUUGUUACAAUGGCUGUUUACAAACCAAAGUCCCCAUUUUUCUGCAGAGCUCUGUGUUCUGUUGCUCCAGAGAGUUGCAGGGUGGUUGUGCCUGCGAUGCUCUGCCAGGCAGGUUUCAGUGUGCCAGGGCAGCCCCAUGAGCUCGCAGGAGGGCACAGCUCCACAGUGGGUGGCACUCUCGGGUCGGUGCCCACUGUGCCUCUGGCCCUUCCGAGGGACUGAGGGCUCCACAGAUGUCCCCAGCUGAUUCAUCCCUGGGACCUCCCAGAUGGAGAAGACCUGGCCAGUGAACUCUCUGGUCACAAAAGCAAAUCUGACAAGUGAACCGAGAGCUGUCCCAAGAGAACUUGUAUGUUAGGUGACUCCAGCCCUCUCUAGGAAGCAAUUUCAUGCCUGCAGCUGGUAGUGGCUGGUGAUAUACAGUACUUUGUGUCAUGAUGUACCACCUGCAACAUGUUGUCUUUUUAUUCAUCCCUCUCCUGCCUCUCUGUUCAGUCUUGAAUGUAUUUGAAUGUCCUUUCAGCGUAUGGCUUUGUAAAAGUGUAAGUGAAGAAAAAAUUAUCCAAGUGUAUAGAAUAUGUAUAGAAUUGUACUUAAAGUCUAUUAGUAAUGUAAAUCCAUUGCAAUUGCUUAUUAUUGUUAUUUCUUCUGAAAUGCAUUAUCAUUAGAAGUUUACACAGGCAGGAAAGCAACACAAUAUGAUAGUUCUAAUAACUUAUUUACUUGCAAAAAUUAUAAUAUAUUUUGAGAUAUAGAUUCAGAUAUUUGUUUUAGAGAUUGUUAAUACUGUAGAAAUGUAGAAAUUAAUC